AUGACUUUCUGCACUACUUUUUUUCUUUUCGGCCUCUUAGGACUUACUAUCGCGACCGUGAUUCCCCGUGCAGACCCAAUUACCGCGUUGUCGGCCUCCCAAGUCGCCGCGUUCAAACCUUUCUCGUAUUACGCUGCCAAAGCAUACUGCCAGCCCGCAGCAGUUCUGAAUAAGAGCUGUGGAAUUAAUUGCGAUGCAAACACCGCAUUCCAACCCAUGGCGGCUGGUGGGGAUGGGUCGGCAAUACAGUUUUGGUAUGUUGGAAUCGACCCCAGCCUCAAGACUGUUAUUGUUGGCCAUCAAGGCACAGACCCCAACAAAAUUGUACCCCUGCUGACGGACGGAGGUUUCUUCCUGGACCAUUUAAACCAAACUCUCUUCCCAGGAUUGAACUCAUCCAUUGAGGUCCACAAUAAGUUUGCCGAUGAACAUGCAAAGACAGCGAACCAAAUUCUUUCCGCUACGCGCGCUGCUCUGCAGAAGUCAAAUCUUACGCAGGUUACACUUGUCGGACAUUCGUUGGGUGCGGCGCUCGCACUCUUGGACAGCGUGUUCCUGCCGCAGUUUUUGCCUGGCAUCCAAUUCAAAACGUUUGGAUACGGUCUGCCUCGAGUUGGGAAUCAAGCCUUUGCGGAUUAUGUAGAUGCAAAUGUCCAGCUCAGCCACGUCAACAACAGACAGGACUUCGUCCCAGUUAUUCCGCUCAGGACUCUUGGUUUUGUUCAACCCCAAGGAGAGAAACACAUCCAGGAUAAUCUUACUUGGCUUGAUUGCCCAGGAAACGACAACCCCGAUUCUCGUUGCUCAGCGGGUGAUGUAUCAAGUGUCUCGACUGGCAAUCUCUCUAAUCAUGAUGGCCCGUAUGAUGGAGUAGAAAUGGGUGGCGCUACCUGCAAGAACGUUACUGGAACAGCCGGCAUUGCUACUGCUGCAGCCAGUACUAUUCAUGCAGGAUGCGGGGCGUUGUUCCUUUUGGCGACUGCCUUUAGUUUGCUCCCCCUCCAGCUUCUGUAGUCGACGCUUCCUCAACGAAUCACUUGUACAAUUGACCAGUUGGCAUAUGAAGGUCAAUGGCGACAUUUUGCUGCUC